AUGGGGGACAGUGUCUCCCUAAGCGAUCACAUUGCAAGACUGGAGAUCGAACGAGUCGGUGAUCCCGGAAUUCUUGCUCACGACUCCGCGACCAGAAAUGACCCUGCUGCGACGGUGCGCCCGCCCGCGGAGAUCCCAGACGUAUCAAAGCGCCUGGGCUUCGAGCUCCGUCCUCAGAUGUCCAAGUCGUCGAAAUCAAUCCGCCUCGAGUCACCGCCAGUAGUCACACGGCCACCCAAGGUCAAAUCGAUUGGCUUCAGCCAUGCUGCCCUCUCUUGGCUGGCUUGGAAUCGAAACGAGGAGAGAGACGUUCCCGACUGUGCAAGGUCUAUGCACCGGUCAUACUCCUACCGGACGACAUUUCGGUUUCUCGGGUUCAGCCUGUCCAAAGACAUUAAUUACAAAACCUCGGCAAGUGGGAUCGAUAGUGCCAUGGAAACCAUCCGCUUGGGAUGGGGAAGCUCGGAAGCCAACUGGGUAUCUGAUAAGCUACCAAAACUCCGCCAGCGAUUGGGAUUGGUCAGAAAAGAGCAACCAUCUCCAACAGACGCAGAAAGACAAAGCGUUUCGAGUCAAGAGCAGAGCAGCACAACAGCUGUCGAAAAUCAGAAGGCGUCAAAUGAACCUGGACGCGUGGUCCGCAGCGCUGUACAUCCCUGGCUAGAUGACUACCAUUAUGUGGUCGUGGGCAUCAUGGCCGACCAAACGGCGCCAAAAGAAUCCCUACGUCGCGUAAUGCGUAUCGAUGGACUGUUCCAGCAAAUUCGCAAGGCCCACAGGCAGUUGCGGAGUCCGAUUCGAAGAGGAAUGUCUCUCAAAGAGGUGUCUGGCUUUGGCAUUUACCAGUGCGACCCCAGCAAAGGCCACCACCGCGAGGUGGAACUGGACGCCGAAACAAAGCGAGCGCUCGCAGAGCUCUGGCGGAGCUAUAACACUCACAAACUCGACUAUGAGGGUCGUUGGCUGAUGUGGAUCCACCAGCAUUUCAACAAUAGCUCGAAGAAUGCGGAAUCGGGUACGUUGACUUUGGAGUUGAAGCUCCGUUGGUCGGUCUUCAAGGUUGUGUUCUGGGGCGUGGUGCCAAUCCUGCUGAGCUUGGCCGUCGGCUUCUGGUACAUGUACUCGGAUCAUGGCGAAGUCGACGACGUGGCGGUUGCGGAAGCCGCGUGGGUGAUUGCCACGUACAUAAUCACUACAUCAGCGUGUGAGUAUCCCCCUUGCCAGCUUGAUCCCGCAAACUCGUUAACCCGGAGCACUCAGUGA